CUCUGUUGGACUUUUAACUGGCGUCCAGUUGGUUAAUGUGUCACCCACCUUAAAUAUUACGACUAACUCCUCGGUCGUGUUUUAGUUUAGUUCAUGUGUAUAGAAUGUUUGUAGAUGAUAAAAUAGCAAGGUUAUAGUAAGUAAGCAGUGUUUAGGAAUGUGAUCACAUGAUUAGUGUCAUAUGACUUUGAUGAGCCCUCGAAAGAGGGAAUGAGAGUGAGAGAAGAAAUCUUCAUUAGUUCCCAAUAUUACACUCUUUUACUAAUACUGUCGUCUACCGUGAUGAAGUCAGAUGGAUAACAGAUGUGGGAACUCUUGAAGUAAAUCGCUGGAUCAUGGUGCUUUUGAGGGUUUUGUCUGUUCUCGUCACCGUUUGUGUUUUGGGAAUGGUGAUGAGUCAGACAACACUCAGUCCUGCUGUGACGAUCACCACAGUCAGUGCAAACGUAACCACUGCCACUCCCAGCACUACAGGGCCCAGCUGCUCCGCCCUCAACACCUCCACCUGCACGGCCUGCGCUCCUGGCUCUUAUUCCAAUAACGAAACUCUGCUGUGUUCUUGCUGUUCUGAGGCAGGCCUGUGCGUAUUACCUGAAGCCUGUCUUCUCUGCGUCCAGGGUUUCUAUCAGCCUCUUGCAGGACAGCAGGGUUGUCUGCCCUGUUCAUCUGGGUUUUACAGCAAUUCCACUGGAAGCCCUGUCUGCCAGGCAUGUCCUACUGGUACCUACAGCAAUAACACAGGCUCUGUCUCCUGCAGGGCCUGCACACCAGGUUUCUACACAUCUUUGCAAAAUUCAACGUCAUGUAACCCAUGUCCACAAGGCACGUACUGCAAUUCCUCCAGUUGUACCCAGUGCCGGGUCUGUCCUGCAGGCUCAGAGGCUCUACAGAUCGCUUCCAAAGAAUGUACGCCCUGUCGCCCAGGAAUGCACAAGCCUUCCUAUCAAACCAUGUGUCAGAUUUGCAGCAGUGGUUUCUAUCAGAUCCGCUGGGGUCAGGAAAACUGUGACCUGUGUCCUGAAAACCAUUACUGCCCUAGUCCUGAUGUAAAUCCGAUCCAAUGUCCCACUGAUGCGUUCUGUCCUGAGGGCAGCACGGCCCCUGGUUACUGCAUGGAGACCUUCUUCAGAAAGGUCGGGGAGACGUGUGAACUUGCUCCUGUUACUAUUGCACUGCUUGUUAUUGGAGGAGGAGUGGGUCUUCUCUUCAUCAUUGUUUUGGUUCUGCGGAGGAGAAGAGAUAAUGACAGUGAGCUGUCCCUCGCCCGUACACCCCUCUUGCGAAAAGACCGUCCACCUGGUCGCUUCUAUGGAAUCCCUUGUGAUGCAGAGCCUGUUUAUGCAGGCUGGUGACAUUAUCAUGUACAUUCCAGCUGCACAUAUUUUGUCUGAAUGUUUCUAUUUAGAACAGGGGUGUCCAAUCCUGCUCCUGGAGGGCUGCACUCCUACAGAGUUUCGCUCCAACACACCUGCCUGGAAGUAUCUAAGCAUCUUUAAGACCUUGAUUAGCUAAUUCAGGUGUGUUUAGUUAGGGCUAGAAUGAAUAGUGGCCCUCUAAGAGCAGGAUCGGACACCCCUGAUUUAGAACUUUUAUUGAACUGUUCUAAGCUUUAUAUUGGUAAGAUACUAUUAAAUAUUUAUGAAUGAAGACGCAGUUUUCUGCAUUCGAUUUUUAAACCUGUGUACUACUGAUCUUGUUAUGGAGUUACAUCUUUAUAGAUUUGAUUCUGACUGCUUUUCGAGUCUGAAGAGUAAACCAUUCAGUAUUUUGGGGGGUGUUUUCUUUUGUUUAAUUUUGCACCGGAUAUUAAGUUAAGCCAUGGCACUGAAAAAUUUUUGGACUAUGUUGCUGGAUUAAGCUUAUUUUGUUCACAUGUGUGUUUAUUUUUUUGGUACCACUACACUUGACUACCUGGGGUACUCGAGUUACAUUAUAUUAUAUAAAUGUGCAUUAUUUCUUGUAUUUAACAUGUGAUGUUACAUAUUAGCUACUUUUGAAACAAAAUUUGGACAAUUUCCAAUGUUGUAUACUGGAAUAAACAGCUUUGCACAA